CUCUCCAUCUGUGCUUGCGUGCUUCAUGCUGCGUGUGUGUCCAUGGCAGGAAGAUUGUGUCGUGUGUGUGUGUUUUACAGUAAAACACAUGAGAUUGUGCAGCGUCAGGAACACAGCCGUCAGCAUCAGUAUCACACACUCCUGCGGGUGUCAAACGUGUCUGAACACACUUUAAUACUUACAGCUGGAGGUCUGAUCACUCAAAUCACCAAUACUCAAGGUUUAACUGAUCAAACUGAGAAAACAGUCAGCAGACAGAGAGACACACUGACGGGUUUAAUUGAGUUCUCAUGACAGACACUGGGAACGAGAGAAACACAAACAGAGAGAUGGAGUGGAGGAUGGGUGUGUGGAGAUGUGAUGUGACUUCCUCUUUCAGAAGCUGUGAAAGCGUGUGUUUGUCUGAUCAUCUCUCUCAGACGCUGGUAAGAUCUGCAUUCACUCCCUUCUGCUUCUGCUCCGCUUCAACAUCUCGUUUACUGCACACUACUGGUAUGCUGGUGGUCAGGUUUGUUCUGGUUCUUCUGUCUGUGGCUCUGGUCUGUUCUGAGAUCAGCCGUCUGACUGAUCAGUGGAUGGCCUGGAAAUCUCAACACAAUAAGAGCUACAGAAACACAAGAGAGGAGCGCCACAGGAGAGCCGUCUGGGAGCAGAAUCUUCUGGAGAUCCUCAAACACAAUGAGGAGACGGCCGUCGGUCUGCACACAUUCACUCUGGGACUGAACCAGCUCAGCGACAUGACUGCAGAUGAAGUCAAUCCUCUGAUGAACGGUUUACUGGAGGAAGAUUUUCCCGACAUCAACGUGACGUUCAGCCCUCCGUCACAUGAUCACCUGACCGUCCCUCCCAGAGUCAACUGGACGGAGCGCGGGAUGGUCAGUCCCGUCCAGAACCAGGGCCCGUGCGGCUCCUGCUGGGCCUUCAGUGCUGUCGGGGCUCUGGAGGGGCAGAUGAAGAGAAGAACCGGCGCUCUGGUUCCGCUGAGUCCACAGAACCUGCUGGACUGCAGCGUGAGUUUGGGGAACCGCGGCUGUAAGGGCGGAUACCUGAGCCGAGCCUUUCUCUACAUCAUCCAGAACAAAGGCAUCGACUCCAACACCUUCUACCCGUACGAACACAAGGAGGGUGUGUGUCGAUAUUCUGUGACGGGAAGAGCGGGAUACUGCUCAGGAUUCCGGAUUCUUCCCCCUCACAACGAGGGAGCGCUGCAGUACGCCGUCGCUAACAUCGGCCCUGUGUCCGUCGGCAUAAAUGCCAGACCUGCUUCCUUCCACAGAUACAGAGGAGGAAUCUACAGUGAUCCGAAGUGCAGCUCUGGAUUGGUCAAUCAUGCGGUUCUCGUGGUCGGUUACGGGUCAGAAAAUGGGCAGGAUUACUGGCUGGUGAAAAACAGCUGGGGGACGGCGUGGGGUGAAAAGGGCUUCAUACGCAUGGCACGAAAUAAAAACAUGUGUGGAAUAUCCAGGUUUGCCAUUUACCCCACCAUCUCAUCUGAUCCGAUCUGAUGGUCCUGAGACACUGGAGUGGGACAUGUCUUAUAAAAUAUCUGUUUUUUUAAAUAAUAUUCUUUAGUUUAUAUCACAACAACUUCAAAUCUGGAACACAAGUUGUCUUUGGCUUUGAUUUUCAUGCAAUUUUAGAGUUAUUUAGUUAAAUAUAUAUUUUAUAUAAAACCCAAAAUGUUUAGCUCAGUACAUUCGCUUUACAGUAAACUUAAACUUUUAUUUCAUUUUAUCAAGUGUCUUGUUUGACUGUUUGCAAUUGAUGUUGUUUGAAAUAAAGUUGAUAUUGAUAGUUAGAAGCAGGUGGGAGGAGCAUUCUCAUUCUACAGCAUCUGAUUGGACGAAAACCUCAUUAAUGUCAGUCUUUAAUUGAUUAAAACUUUCUGUUGUUUUAAUAAGUGUAAUUGUGUGUUGUGUUUGAGUGUUGUGAGAAUAAAUAAAGCUCAAAGUUUGAUUCAAA